AACGGAGUGGUGGGAGUGCGUAGAAAAAGAAAGCAAGGAGAGCGACUUCUGCACAACAAUGCAUUAAAUGCAACAAAAAUUCACAAAAAAAAUAUAUAAUUUUGAGCGAAAAAAGGCCCACCCUCAUCAUCAUUCACUGUAAACCAAGACACCGUUGAAUGUGCCGCUUUAUUAGCGUCUUCUCUCUCACCAUAUUUAGGACAAACCCCACCGAGCUCAUCUCUCUUUUUGCCCCUCCCCUUCUUACCCUCUGUUUACCUAUCUAUCUGCCACCGAAAUCUGCCCAGAGCUGUUUUAGUUAAAUGUAAUUGAAUCCAAUUUGUUUUGUCUUUUUCUCUGUGGUGGUUUUUUUUGGUGGGUGGGUGGGUUGUAUGUAUGUGUAUAUGCAGAUACAUAUGCAGAUGGGUUUAUAAGGAGUGUUUGGUUUUUGGGUUUUGCGGGUACUUCGGCGGGUUUCGCGGAUUGAGAUCUUAAAAGACUGUACAUUGUGGGUGUUUUUUGGUUUUUGGUUUUUUUCCCCUUUGUAGGGUUCUUUGAUCUCUCUCCCCCCCGUUCGGAUAGAAGAAUUCGAAGCCCCUCCCACUCCUCUCUCUCUCUCUCAUGGAUUAGGAUUUUUAAUUUUUAUAGGUUAAUUUGAUUCCAUUGAGAGAGAGAGGAAAUGAGCUGCUUUUCCUGUUUAACUCCACAUCGAAAGGAUAUAAAGGUCGAUAUUGAAAGCGGGUCUCGCUGGGGUUCGCGUGAUUCUGUCGAUUCCUUAGGGAGUGGGAAAGGAAAGUCUAAGGUUGUAAGCGGUGAAAAUGAAAAGUUGAACGGCAAUGGCCAUGGCAAAAAUAGCAGUCAAACAAGCGAUGGUGGGGCGCGCAGCUUUACAUUUCGUGAGCUUGCAACGGCUACAGGGAACUUCAGGGAAGCCAAUUUGAUUGGUGAAGGGGGUUUUGGAAGGGUUUACAAAGGUCGCUUGGAAUCUGGCCAGGUUGUUGCCAUCAAACAACUUAAUCACGAUGGUCUUCAAGGGUUUCAGGAAUUUAUUGUGGAGGUUCUAAUGUUGAGCCUCUUACACCAUGUUAACCUUGUCACUUUGAUUGGCUACUGCACUACUGGGGAUCAAAGACUAUUGGUCUACGAAUACAUGCCAAUGGGUAGUUUGGAAGAUCACCUUUUUGAUCUGGACCCAGAAAAAAAGACACUGAGCUGGAACACUCGCAUGAAGAUUGCGGUCGGUGCUGCCCGUGGUCUCGAGUAUCUGCAUUGCAAAGCAAACCCACCUGUUAUCUACCGCGACUUGAAAUCUGCAAAUAUUUUGCUAGAUAAUGACUUCAGUCCAAAAUUAUCAGAUUUUGGACUUGCAAAACUGGGACCUGUCGGGGACAAUACACACGUUUCAACCAGAGUGAUGGGAACAUAUGGAUACUGUGCCCCUGAGUAUGCAAUGAGUGGCAAAUUGACUCUCAAAUCUGAUAUUUAUAGCUUUGGUGUGGUUCUUUUGGAGUUAAUAACGGGGCGGAAGGCCAUAGAUUUGUCCAGAAGACAAGAAGAGCAAAACCUAGUUAGUUGGUCUCGUCCAUUUUUGAAGGAUCAGAAGAGAUUCCCUCAAUUGGUGGAUCCUCGGCUGCACGGGCGGUACCCUCGGCGUUGUCUAAACUAUGCAAUUGCUAUUACUGCAAUGUGUCUAAACGAGGAACAAAAUUUCCGCCCUUUUAUUGGGGAUAUUCUUGUGGCACUUGAAUAUUUGGCUUCUCAGUGUCACAACUAUGAAGCACGAGUCCACAAUACCGCGUCACCAUCGACCUUGCAACAAAAGUGAGGCAACUUGUCUCGGGGCCUAUAACUGGAAGUAGUCCGAUAUCUUUUUCCGCACAGCUGGAGACAAGCUCUAAAACUCUUCUAUUACCUUGUAAGUCCGUUGUUAUUGAGAUUCUUGUAUUAUUAUUGUCAUCAUCUCGGUUGCUGAGAGCUCCCCGAAAUAGACGGUAAGAGAAGGUGCUUGAUGUAUCCCUAAGCAAAAGCCGGGUUGUCGUUAGGAUACUAGAAUGAAUUGCUUUUAAAUGGCAACCUGUUUGGUGUUAACAUGGGUUGGUUAUUGAUCUUAGUGUAUCUAGUUGCAGGUAACUCGAAUAGUUAUACAUUGGCCAGCUAUGGAUUUAUUAGUUUCUCUUC